AUUAAUACACUUUCAUGUUAGUAUGCAGGGAAAUGGUAUGCCCUGGCCAAGAAGGAUCCAGAAGGCCUUUUCCUUCAGGACAACAUCUCUGCUGAAUACACCGUGGAGGAAGAUGGCACAAUGACAGCGUCUUCCAAAGGCCGAGUGAAGCUUUUUGGUUUCUGGGUGAUCUGUGCUGACAUGGCUGCUCAGUACACCGUACCUGACCCAACCACUCCAGCAAAAAUGUACAUGACCUACCAAGGACUGGCCAGCUACCUCUCCAGUGGUGGGGACAACUACUGGGUGAUUGACACCGACUACGAUAACUACGCCAUCACCUACGCCUGCCGCAGCCUGAAGGAGGACGGCUCCUGUGACGAUGGCUACUCCCUGAUCUUCUCACGCAACCCCCGCGGCCUCCCCCCGGCCAUCCAGCGCAUUGUGCGCCAGAAGCAGGAAGAAAUCUGCAUGUCUGGCCAGUUCCAGCCCGUGCUGCAGUCAGGGGCCUGCUAAAAGUACACUUCUGAUCCUAUCCUUAAGCUCAGAAACCAGACCUCUUGGUCUUGAAGUUGCCACUCAGCUAAUAAAAAAAUAAAAUCAUAGGACUAGUGUGUUUUUCCUGAAAAACACAUGAAAAUAUUGGGGGAUCUGUAAACUGUGUGCAAUACAAUAUUACCUAA